AUGAAAAAGGAGGUUGGGGACGCAUGUCGAUUGGAGGACAUCGUUACCAAUUUAUACAGGUUAGAAACUGUCAAACAAAUAAACUAUCACCAAUAUGUACCUAGCAAGGCAGAUAAUCAAUGGUCAAUUCAAGCAGAGUUGUUCCUAAGGAGGAAAAACCCCAAAGUACUUGCAGCUCUUUUUUCCAGGGAGUUAUGGUGUUUUAGUAUUAACGAUGAUCCAUUACCAGAGUUAAACCUUGAGCUGAAUAACGAAUCGGAGUCACCCCAGCCAGAGCGGAAGGGUCACUUCACCCCAGAAUUCUCAAAACCUCACUUGCCUACCCCAUAUGCCAUCUUUAUGAAGGCUCUCAGGCGUAUGAUAUAUGUCAAUUUGACCCUAUCCUCCAAUGAAACCAUCGUGCCCUUUGGAAACUCAUGCAUAUUUCAGGAAUCAUAUACCUUUUCGACCAAAAUCUUACACUUUGAUCCACAUCUAUUUGAAAAUGGAGAUUUGACUGUUGCAAUUUGUUCCAAGGAUUUGGGUUUAUCGAAGUUGAAUGCAGAGAGCCUCAAACAUGAAGUGGCUGUGUAUUUGGCUCCAUCUGGGAUCAGAGUGUAUUUACCAUCCACAGAUUUAAAGAAAUGUUAUGUAUCACCACCCAAAAACGCUCAAAUGUUUCUCAAGACACUAUUUGUCUCCCAUGGAAUAAAUUUAAUCGAUGUCGACGGUUUGAAAUGGGUAAAGCUUAUUCCAAAUGCUAACCAUUUGAAUGGCUUCACUCCAACAAUAUCACAUUAUCUUGACGAACCAAAAGGAAAUAAUUUCGUUAUCUGGCCGGCAUGUCUCUGUUUUGUACAAACAGCAUCUGACGUUCAAACUCCUCAAUAUACUGCAUUUUCAAGAUCCCCGCAGCUUGAGUUAGAUGAUUGUUUCGAUAUGAUAGAUGGAUUUAUACAGUUAAAACUCACUUCGGCCUACAGAACGCCUGGAACAUCUGCAGGGAUGGGAACUGUAACCGGACAUAACCCAUUAAGUACGGGAGGAAUAUUUACUGAUCAGUUUCAAGGGUUUAAUAAGCAUUCGGCCAAUAACAGCAAUAACGUAUCUUCAACGGGAGAGAAUGGUAAGUUUUCUCCGGAAUACUCUAAUGAUCCAAACGUAACACCUCUGCGAGAUAAUAAAACUAGUAGACAGAAUUUCCCCACAGAGAGUUACAGCAGUAAUGGUUUCAUUACAACUCCAAUAAUAAAUGAGAAUAUCACUCCAACCGUUGAUGAUAUUAUAACAGAAACUCCUUCCGUAAAACCUCAGAACGAUCUUUGGAAUGAGAAAAAGGAUGUAAUAAAUAGUACAUCCAAUAUCAACUCAAAGGACGCAUCAGUAGGUAGUUCUGAGCGUAAAGUAGAACUGGAAACCGCUUUUGAAUCUCCCGCUCAGAAUAUUUCGAUAGAGGAACACGAGCAUGUAGAAUUCGACAAAGAUCUUUUUGGUGAAGAUAGCGACGAAGAUGUCAGUACGCGAAAUAAGAACGAAGAACUGGUAUCUGUAAAAGAGAUUACUGACGAAAUGUUUGAUCUAGCCGAAGAUGACGAUGAGGCUGACGGAUCAACUAGUAACUCGUUAAAGUUUGAUCGUCCCGACACCAUCGAGUCUAUUGAUACUGACGAAAAGAAGACAAGAACAAAGCGUACCUAUUUGGACAUACCAGUGGAUGUCAUUACUAUAGAAAAGACACCUACAUUAUACGAAGAUCCAGGAGCACCUUUGCCUAUUGAAACCCCAAAAGACAGAAAGAAAAGUAUAUUCGCACCACUCAAUUUCAACCCCAUCUUUGAAAGUAAUGUGGAUAACAAGUACAAGAAUGGAGGUAAGUUUUCUGUUAACUCGAACACCAAUGACGAACCAAUACAAUUUGGGAUAAGUACAAGUAAUAUAUCAAGCUCAGAAGAUGAUGAUAGCGAUUUUUCUCCUGCUGAUUUCAACAAUAAUGGACCAUCUGCAGGAAAGGGCUUAUCAUAUGAUCCAAGAGACAAUGAUAUACCAAUGAUCGAGUCAUCAACAUACGAACCUAUUGCAAAGGACUCUCUUCCCGAAUUGAUAAACCCACCAUCUUCUUCCAAAGAUGAUUCUGUGGCAUCUUAUAAUACGAUCGGAACUCUAAUGGAAAAACCUGUUAAGUCCAACUUAGACGCAAUAUGGAAGCCCGCCUUAAGUAAAUCAGAAAGAGCUGAUCUACCAAACCAGACAAUUAAUGGGGUCAUAAACGACUGCAAUAACAGCUCAAACUCAAAUCCCACAACUUACUUUGAGAAUACGCCUUCUCUCGGACCGGAUACUCUAUAUGAUAAUUCAAAACCAAGAAGUUCAUCAGCUAACUUUCUUUCCACGGUUGAAAUCGACCCCAAAAGCGAACAAACUAUUCAAACCGCAGAGCAAGAACAAUCUGAAUCAUCUAGAAUUCUCCCCUACCUUUUGAGACACAUGCCUUUGUUCUCGUUGCCUGACGUGUUCCUUUGUCAGAAUCCAUCUUUGCCGCCCGGAAAAGACUUCGAGGAUAUUCUAGAGAUUUUGACAGAUCAGAUAGUCUUCAAUAAUGAUAUGUUUUCUGAUGAUAGGGCAACAGAAUCUCAGUUUAAAGGGAUCAAGGAUUGCUCCGUUGGCACCAUCAGCGAUACCAUGAACCAGCUUUUUGGGAAUUUUUCAAAGCUUCACGGAAACGAAAUAAUAGAGGAAGUCUUCUAUUUGCCUGAACCAUCAGUGUUUGUGAAGAAAUCUGAAGAUACAAUUAAAAUAAAAAGCUCAUCGUGUUAUUUCACGGAAUAUUUAAAUCUGAAACCCAACCGUGGGGUAAAAAAUUUCAGGGCCCUAGUGCUAACCACUGAGGCAAAAAAUGAUUGCAUGUCUUUCGUAUCACAAAUGUCUCAGACAUAUUCGAAUCAUGAGUUAGGGUUCUGUGAACUGACUAAGUUGACUAAUGACGAUAAUAAAGGGUUAAUAUACUUAAAAAAUUUUAACCAAGACACCUUACUACUUCUUUCCGCACAGAUUGUAUCUUUCUGUUCAACAGCACUCUCAAAUAUUAAGAACAUUCCUUUACUCAUCUUUCUCCCCAUCAACAAACUUUCAUUAACAGAAUGUAUAUCAAUGAUCCUCAAGUUUCAUGUAAUCAGGAAGGAGUUCAAAUCUAAGUUACCAAAGGCAGAUAUUUUGUUGAGGCUCGUGAAUAUAGAUUUCCUCAAAAAUCCACUUACACCUAUCACUGCGUACACUUCAUUGUGUAUGGCAAUCUAUAAUAGUCUACCACCAAAAAGUACUAAGGUAACGUCCCUAACAAAUGAUUUACCCAAACAAAUUGAGUUCCGGACACUGAAGAAUGCCUCCUUAUCUAUCCAUUACGAUAACUACAUCCAUUUGGCAUACUUGAGAAGUAUUGAUCGUGAGUGGCUGUGUGCUGCCUGGUCAGACACCAAAGGCGUCGAAAGCUUCGUGAAAACCUGGUAUGUCGGUAACUCCAGAACUCGUUUCGAACAAGUGUGCAAUGACAUCUGGAAAAUAACCCUACAAUUGGCGUCUAAGAAUUUUGGAAAUGUUUGCUUGGUGUUGACAAGACUCGAUAGUGUCCUUCCUGAUGACGAAUUGAUCCAUUGGAGACGUCUAUCAGUCGCCACAAAAGAUCUCCAUCUUGCUGUGGUCUGUGUCGGAGAUAACACGAAAUUAACAUUAUUCGAUGAGGACAAAACAUACCCAACAUUUAAAAACUUGUUCAGAACGAAAUCGAAUCCGCAGACAGGAAUAUCAAACAGUAUAGACGAUCUUGAGAUAAUUAACAUUGAUGAGGAAGUCCAUGGACUAAUAUUCAGUAACCCGUUGCAGCUAGCAAACUCCCAGCAUAGAUGCGCCAUCAAAAGUGGAGCAUUGAUUCGUUUUGCAAAAAGCGAAGGCGAUAACUUCAUUGAUAAAUUUGAGGUAAAUCUUUUGAACUGCCCUCAUGCAGACAGUUCAACACUUUUGAAGGAAAUCUUAAAACAAUACAGAAACUUGGCAGGUUUGAAUCCAUGGUUCGGAGUAUCCUAUGGAAAAGAUAAUUUCAUUCCGUGGCAUGUCGUUGCAGUAAAAAAUGUCAUGAACUCUAUUGUACAUGUUAAGAGCUCAUUCGAAAAGGAGACCCAUAUUAUUGAUUAG